AGUGAUACGUAUGACAACUGCAACUCCACUACACAGCUAGGAAAUAAUAACUUAUUAUUUGUUCAUAAUACUUUAUUUGCACAUAAUGUCGAACCCGGGGCGCGGGCGCGGCUACUCGGGCCGCCACCAUCUGCGCUCCCCUCGGCCUGGCGACGACGAUGCGCGCGCCUUGGCUGAACUGAGUCCGAGAGCCACAGCUCCCGUGUUCACAGACAAAGAGCCAAAACAGGAGAAAGAGAAGGAAGAUGUGGCAGACAAUGAGAGGAAGAGAGAGGAAGUGAAAUAUCAUGUGAGCGGAGAAGAUGAAACGGCUUUGAAAGAGCUGCUGCAGAUUGAGGAGCAGUACACUCCGCUUCUGACAUUGUUAGAACAAUUCUCGCCGGGCGAGGACGGCAUCGCAUUCAACAGGAAAUUGAAAAAUUUCGAGACUACGGUAUCCAGCAUAUGCCCUGAUGAGGCACGCUUGCAACAAGCUUUCGGCACGUUCCGCGCGGCGGCGCUGCUGUCGGCGGUGACGUCACGCAAGCUGGCCGCCGUGGGCGCCUCCUUCACGAGACAGUCGCGACAGCAGUUACUGCGCGGCGCUCUACUCAACGUCGUUAUGCAGGGGACAUUCUCUAAAUUGGACGUGCUAGAGAGAGCCAAUCCUCUAUUCCUCAUAAAUGCGGCUAACCUCAUGGGGGACUAUUUCGCAGAAGCGCGUCUAUGCAACGGCAACAAGGUCCACAUCCUGGCCGGUCCGCUGCUGCAGUACAUGAAGGCUCUACUCGCUAGUGAUGACAUCCGUGCCCAUCGCAGUCUCGCUACACAGUUAAUGCAGAAUGGCAGAGAACUCCUAUCAGUCUUAUCUCAAGAAUUAGAUGAACUCUCCAUCUCCAUCCGUCUCCGUCUCCUCUCCCCGCCUCCCUCCAGCAUCAUCUGGCUCCUGCUGUCCGCAGACCUGUGCCUUAACAAGUUCCUCCCGCUGCCCAACACGCUACAACAGUUCUACGCUGCACACUUAGACCUUGCCUCUGAAGAUAACUACAGCGAAGUCAGCUACGGAUCAUGGAAGAAAAGCCCCGAGAAAGAGGAGUAUAACCGAACUGAUGUCAGCUCAGACUUAAGUGACAAAAUCUCACAGAACAUCUCUCAAAUAAGCCUCGACGGAGACGGAGAAAUGAAACCCAAACUUAGACCUAUAUUAGGCGCUGGUGCCGGACUAUUAAGACAAGAACAAGCUUUAUCCGUCAGCCAUGACAACUUCGAUACUUGGACUAGCAAAAACAGUCUUAGCAAGAGAUAUGAUUUGAACUCUUGGCGGCAAGAAGAGGAAAAGAAAGAGGAAGAACCUGUGUUCAACCCUACAGUUCUACCCCCGAAUCUACAGCAAAAUUACCCUGUAACUGUGCCAGAUUACCCACCACCUAACGUACCAAAUGUAAACAGAUUCAAUAACUACAUGCAAGAGAAUUAUCCUAACUACUUACAGCAAGGCGACGGAGCGUACAUACAAAACUCGUACACAGCGAACACUAAUUUCAACUCUCAAGGAGAUGGUUUCGUUCAAUCCCAACCGUUCCCCAAUGACCAACCAGCGCCGGAAAGGGUCAAUAAUGAAGUACAAAAAACAAGCGCCAGGCGGCCCGUUGAAAACUGGAGGAAAGAUAAAGAGGUUGAAGAUCCUAACAGAAAUCGACAGAGGAAUUGGACUCGACAGCGCUCUAAAGAUAACAUAAAUGAUGAAAAGGAGCCAGAAAAAGAGGAGAGAUACCGGUCAAACUCUAGAAGUUCUCGAGAGAAAGUCCCCGGUAGAUUCCGGCGCAACAGCACAGAGAAUCCAGACGGAGUAGUGAGCGGAACAGGGAAGACUCCACCCAGAAGACAUGUCUCCGAUGUCCCGAGGAGUCAGAAAUAUUGGGACCACGACGAUAGAUGUGACAAGGACUAUAGCAGUUAGUGAUUUAAAUAUGAAAUAAUUCUAGUAAAAUUUUAAGUGACUGUGAAAUUCAUGUGGAUUUUGCGGUAGCCAAGAUUUCUGAUGAUUCCUACGAAAGCAAUCGGUAUGUGACUCCAAAUAGUAUAUUAAUUAUAAUCAAGUUAUUUCCAUAAACAGGGAGGAAUAAAUUAAUGAAGAGUGAUAAAACAACAGUAAGCAGAAAUGAGAAAACUCGGAAACAAGGGGAUUUUGAAUAUUGAAAUUAGAUGGCGUUUUCACGUUAAAGAUAAAGAUAAUUUUAUGUUUUCUCCUCCCUGAUCAUUGAUAAUAAAAAAUAAGAGAUUUGAUUUGUGUCUUGUCACUUUUGAACACAAAAUAAGUUAUUAUUCACAACGACGGGACUUAAUCCCGUAAAAUUAGUUUUAAAUUUACAUCUGACGUUUCGUUUUUAAUUUCAUGGCAUAACAUGGAAGUCAUGGAACCCAGUCAUUGGUAAAUGUAAGCAAAAACAAAUCGCAAGUUGAAAAAUCGAAUAUCCUGAGUGUUAUUUGUCGACCCGGUGACAUCCCUAGUGCGCAAAACGUUCAACUUAAUAAACAAGACCAAGUGCGGGUAGUUCGAAAAACUCUCACGCCUAGAAGAUGUUGAUGUCAACAACAGUCUUCUCCGAGACCACGGGGAUAACGCCGUCCUCGAAACGUCGGAGGUAAAUUUAAAACUUAUUUAACGCGAUUAAGUCCCGUCGUUGAUAAUAAUAAUGAGUAAAAAUUGUGAGACAAAAUAAGUUGUUUACACGUAAUUAUGCUACUAUUUUUUCAAUGGGUGUACUUCUUUUACACCAGCAUCGAUGUAAAAAGAAGAAAAAUGAUUGCCUCAGAAACAGAAAGUGUGACAACUUUGCCCAUGUAUCAGAAACAUGAAAGUUUCAACUUUGCCCGGAGACUAAAUAAAUGUGACGCCAAGUCUCUUAAAUUCUGUUAUCAGUUUCAAUUUGCUGUCAUCCCACAUAUCGUGGCGAUUGUUAUACGAAAUACGAAUGUCAUAGAGUUCACACUGGCAUGUCAGUGGUGUCACAUAGCGGGACGAAGUUACACCAAAACCACUAGAUGGCGCUAUGUGACAGUGGUAAUAGUAAUAACCUAUGUAAUCUUCAGAUAUUUAUAAUAAAGCGAAAGAGCUUGAUGAUGGGUCUUAAAGUAAUCACGUUGGUAAGGUAGAUAAAUGAAGUUAAUAAGAUGGUUGCUAAAAUAUUAUUAAUUUUGACUAAUGUUACAAAAAGCGGAUUUAAAGUGUAAGUCCAAAAGUAGCAUCAUAGUCUUAAUAAAUAUUUAGGUUUAUUGAAACAAGGUAACCUUCAACUAAGUCAGUUGGGUUGUUGCUAACUUUGAACUAUGACUGUCCUAUCAAAUCGUGAUAACAUGCAAUCUGAAUUAUUCCCUUAACCUAUGCAGCAUAAAAAUAAGCUCAUUAUUUUUCAUAUUUCACAAAAAAAACUUAACAAGUUUUUUAACAUCCCGGGACCGGGACCUUUAUCCCUUAAAUCCCUUUAUAUUAGUUGCUCAAUUCUCUACAGUACCUUAAUUCAUGACAAAAGUAGAAAUAUUCCAAUAGAUACAGGAUUUAGAUAUUUACGAUUGAUGAUGAUUUACAUUUUUGUAUCAUCAAAUCUGUCUACUUUGCCCCUUUAAUUUUUUUGUGAAAAAAUUAUGCUAAACAUUGGCAAAGUUGAAAACUUGAUGAUAACAAAAUUGCGGAUUAUGUCUGUUAAUUUGAAUAUAGUUAUAGUUAUAAAAUAAACGAGGGUUAAUUUAAUACACUUUAGUAUAAUAAAAAUAAAUACACUAUUAGACACUCCAAUAGAUUUACUCAAAUAUGAAUACAUAUAUUAACUCACAUUUAUAGACGGAUUUAUUUUAUUACCUUUAUUUACCGACGUUUCGACACUGGUUUCACUGGUCGUGGGCGCCGCUAUAAUCUGCAUCUUCUCAAAUUAUUUUUACGCCUAAGACGGUAAUCUGUUAAACGAAAGCCAUUGUUUCUUUUGUUAGAGCGGUCGGCCAUUGUGUGCCAUUGUGUCUGACAAUGGCACGACCCGUAGCACGCGCUCAUACACAAUGGCACACAAUGACCGACCGCUCGCACAAAAGAAACAAUGGCUUUUGUUUAACACAUUAGGGUCUUAGACGUAAAAAUCACUUGAGAAGAUUCAUACUAUAACUGAUGUCGCAGCAAUCUGUCAAAACAGAGAUUUGUGCAACUACCCGACGAAAAGUGUAUGAAAAAGUUUGGGAUGAGUUAAUAUAUGUGUUCAAAACGCGAAGUUUUAAAUAUUAUAUGAAACACAUAUUCUAAAUUCAUGUUGUAUUUCAUAAAAAACAGUGCUCAUAUUAUUUCCAUUGUAACAUUAAUGAAAUUCAUAAUAUUAAAUUAAUUUGUGUAAUUAGUCCAUAAUCUAGAUGUUUAUUUAAAUGAUAGUCAUAGUUUUUGUAUGUAAGUUAGUCCGGUGCAUUUAUAAGAAACUAAAAACAUCAAAGAAAUGGGUUGUCUAUCGCAGAAUAAUGACAGACAAAAUACUUUAAAUAAAAUGCUCAGUGUGAAUAAUAUAAUAAUUAAUCAAAAAUAAACGUAGGGCAGAUCAUGAUACUGCAUGUUACAUCCCUAGCGAUUUCUAAGCUAGGCACAUAUUUGCAUUAAAAACUCAAGUAAUAAGAUAAAUGAAAAUAGGUAUGAAAUCCUAAAAUACUUAGUGAUAGUUAGGAAUUUAGGAAGUAUUGCGUGGACAACCCAAUAUAGGCUCCGAUAUUUCAUAGGACAAAAAAGACCCAAGAGCCUAGAACUACAGGUUUCAACUUGGCAAAAACUCGUAAUACUAAGGAAUUAAAACAGAAUUUAUUCAUGACUCACAUGUGAGUCACUGGCCGUGCGGAACUGUUUGAGCAUGACCCAUAAGCUGAGUCGCUGGCCCAGAAUGGGUUAAAUUUUAUUGGAUAAAACACCAAUAAAACCCAAGUAGAAUUUUAUGGGUUUCCAAUUUCGCCCAACUUUAUGUAAUUUUGCCCACAGUUAAAAUGGUCUCAGAAGUCUCAGAACGUCAUUUUCGAGCAAGAAUGAUUGAAUUAUUUUUCUAAUAGUUUUUAGGCAAUGUUCGUUUUGGCAGCCAGAAUAGGAUACUAUGAUAUCCAUUUUUAAUUGUUAACCUAUAAUGAAACUUAUCAUCAUGAUGGACGAAAAUCGUUCGCCCAAUUUACGUUAUUGUUUCUAAGGAAAUUGCAAUAUUAACUGCCUUAAGUAGUUGUAGUAGUGGAGUUUUUGCCAAAAAACAUUAAAUUACUAGUACCUGUAUAGUAAAUACUGCACAAUUUUGUUUCAGUACACAAACUCUAGAGUAAUUAGAAUAAUUGACGAAUAGGAUUUUUUUCACAGUGGAUUAUGUUGGUAUUAUGAUUAUGAGCCAAGUUAACUUGGCAGAUUUUAGGGAAAGGCAUUUGACAGUGACAAUCAGGUAUUGGUCGAGGUUUUCUUCUAAAGGAGUGUAUGUUCAGAUACUGAUGAGUACAUUGGAUGAUCUGAUGAGAUAUAUCGGAGCGCCCAACGUGCUCACAAAUAUCUGAACACACCUCUAUUGUCGUGGCUUUAGAGUGCGUGUUCAGAUAUUUGUGAGCACCUUGGCCACUCCGAUAUAUCUGAUGGCGACUGUAGAAUGACAGUGCAAUAGCUACGGAAUAAGUAUCGUGAUCAUUUAUUUGAAACGUUUGAAAGUGAUAGCAUACACUGGACUGUGUCAAUAUUUAUAAAUUUAGUAUUAAGAUGCAUACUAUUGAUUUUGUAGAUUGACUUUUGUGCUACAACUCGACAAAAAAUCAUGUUUCGGUCUACAGAUUAUAGUAUGAAUUUUCACAAAUGAUUUUUACGCCUCGCAUCGUAAUCUUUUAAACAAAAGCAUUUGUUAUUUUUUGUUCAGCGGUUACCAAUGCUACCGCUACCUAAACGGGAACAAACUCGUUUAAAAAGACAUUUUACCGUCCUAUUUAUAUGGUUCAAAUUUAUGUAACAGCUCAUUCUGAGGCCACACACAGGCAACCCAUCGUCCUUCAUUACCCAAACUCGUUAUCUCAGAAUAAGCUGUUACAUAAAUUUGAACCUUAAUAUUAUUACGAUAGUUGCUUUUAACGACAUGGUUGCUUUCGCACGCGCUCGGUACGCGACUAAGGCGCCUUUCCAUAAAAGAAACAAAGGCUUUUGUUUUGAUUAGGGUCUGAGGCCUAAAAAUCAUUUGAGAAACUUCAUUCUAUACAUGAUUCGAUUAUGUUGUGGUCUUAUCAAAAAUAGGUAGUUUUCGAUACUUACUGGUGCAUUUCGCAUUUUGCUACUAAUCCAUUGCUCUACCUUUGGAUCGAGAGAACUACAAGUAAUUUAAAAAAAUCCAGUGUAUGCGUGGUCUUCGAUGGAUUUAGAGUACCUUACAUACAAUUUGGUUUCGCCAAAGUUGUCAAGAGACGUAGAUUUGUUUUAAUACUUAGGAAUUAAUUAAUUAUGAGUACGAGAUAGUACUAAGGUAACGCAAGGAGGCUGGGCCAAGCAGCGAUCUUGGACCUAUUGUACUUUAUGUGAUCAGCAAAUCAGUUUUUCGAAAUUCUCUGCUCGAUUAUUGCAAGAGCGACAGAAAUGGGGAUAGAACUUCGAAAAAGGAUUUUGCUGUUAUAAUUUCUUUUUCAUCAAUAUGACAAUUUUCGCGAUACAAUGACAGUAGUCAGAUGGUAAAAUAGGGGUUGCGUAUGAGAAACAUCACAUUUACUCCAAUGGGUGCCACUUACCCUGACAAUGUUAAUUUUGUAUUCUAUUUUAUAAUAUCGGCAAAUAUAUGUCAUGUUUAGAUUGACGACGUGUGAGCGAACUUAAAAUCUAUUUUAAUGGCAUAAAAGAGCAAAAUUGCACGCGGCAGUGCGAUAACGAUAAUGUAAGGUAAGCUUGGAUACGACGCGUAGAUUUUGUAAGAAUUGCUAUAAAAUAUUAGAAUUAAAGUUUCUUAGAAUGCUCGGGAACGAUUUGUAUAAACUUUGGGUUUCCAUUGUGCUCAACGGUCUCGUCACUGUUUUUGUGUAAAAAUAUUUAUGAAUAUUGUAUUGUAUGUAAAAUAUCUGUUAUCAAAAGAGCGAACAUGACGCAACGAUUUCGCUGUUAACAAUAUUCUUUAAAUAUUUUAUGUUACGGGCAUAAUUUAUUUAACUAAAAAUCUUGUGUAAAAACUAACCAUGUUUGUAUAUUUUCAAUGGAAUUGUAGAACAAUAAAAAUUGGUUAUGAAUUUAAUUUAAAUAAAAGAAGUACGUUCAGUAUGAUUAAUUUUAUUUCUUAUUACAUGGAAAUGGCGGCGGCUGCUGCAUACAGAAAUUAUGUAAUCACGAAUAAAUUGAAAUUUGAUUUCA